AUGGCGGAAGAAAAGCAUGGGAAGACUUUGUUUGUUAGAAACAUACCAUAUUCUGCAACAAAUGAAUCGCUGGAAAAAGUAUUUUCUGACAUAGGACCGAUUAAAUCGUGUUUUGUUGUCAAAGACAAAGAUUCAGGAAAAUGCAGAGGAUUUGGUUAUGUAAAAUUUACUCUUUUAGAAGAUGCAGAAAAAGCACACAAUACAGUCAAGAAGAUUGAGGGCAGGAAUGUACAUAUUGUAUAUGCUAACAAGAAAGAGAAAAAAAAGAGGUUUGGCCAUCCACAAGGUGUUGAAAGUGAGCAGAAGGAUGGAGACAUCACACAGGAAAUCAAACAGGAAAAGAAUCAGCAGACUAAGAAGCAGAAGAAAGGCCCAGUACCUGUGAAGGGACAGAAACAAGCUCCCAAUCCUUUGAAUGAAGGAAAACGAGCUCGGCUGAUCAUUAGAAAUCUGUCUUUCCGGUGCACUAAGGAGGAACUCAUCAAGACAUUUGGAAACUAUGGAGAUGUAGUUGAUGUGCAUAUUCCAAAGAAAGAAUCAGGAAAGCGACUGGGAUUUGGAUUUGUUCAGUUUAAAAACAGAACGCAAGCAGGCAUGGCAGUCAAGGAGGUCAACGGCAGAGAUAUUUCUGGACGAGUUGUAGCUGUGGAUUGGGCAUUGCCAAAAGAUAAGUUCGAAGCCAAACUGGCAG